CACAAAUGACGCGGUAAGCGCCAUCUGUAGUACGAUGCUACAUUUUAGGAUUAGAGUAGUUUCGGGUAUUAUGGCCUAGUCGGCCAAUAUGGCCUAUAUUUUUUUUUCCGAAACUAACGAACACUACCGGCGUUCGUGUCCGCCAUAUUGUCGCGGCCCUUUCCUCAACCCCCUCAGUGGAUUCCUGCAUUGCAGCGAGUGCGUGUGUGUCUAGAGCGUGCGUCGAGCGAAAAUUAUCGAAUUUGAUGUUAUUUUUGGACAAUGGCUCCACGAAAACCAUUUUCACAAAGACAACGACAAACUUGGUGCAAAGAGUCAAUGAGAAAAGCAAUCGAAGAUGUACGAAAUAAGAAAAUGGGCUCACUAAAAGCUUCCAAACUGUACAAAGUACCCCGAACAACUUUAAGACGUUUAGUAGCUAAAGUAGAUAUAUCAACUGAAGAAGCGACAUGCGCGAAAUUGGGAAGAAAACCAACAUUGCCACAAGAAUUAGAGAAACAAUUAGUGCAAUACGUUUUGACAAUGGAAGCUAAGUUGUUCGGCUUAGUCCGAAAGGAUGUAAUGAGUUUAGCUUAUCAGCUGGCAAUAAAAAAUAAUAUUGCUCAUACCUUUUCGGCAAAAAAUGAAAGCGCCGGUAAAGAUUGGCUUAAAUCAUUUUUAGAAAGAUAUCCAGAACUUUCUUUUCGCCGUCCAACAGGAACUUCUUUUGCUAGAGCUAAGGGGUUUAAUAAAGAAAGUGUGAACCAUUUCUUUGAUCUCUAUGAAAAAUUGAUGGAUAACUACAAAUUCCCUCCUGAAAAAAUUUUCAACGUGGAUGAGACUGGCAUUAGUGUUGUUCCAUCCCAAAUGCUCCAAGUCCUAAGUCAAAAGGGAAAACGGCAAAUUGGUUGUUUAACAUCAGCUGAAAGGGGGUCUUUAAUAACUUGCGUGAUAAGUAUGAGCGCUGGAGGUUCAUUUGUUCCACCCAUGAUUAUAUUCCCCAGAAAAAGAAGUCAUCCGCUUUUAAUGAAAGGUGCACCCCCUGGUGCCAUACAUGAAUGUCACCCUUCGGGAUGGAUUGAUACCAAAUUAUUUACAAAGUGGUUUCAACAUUUUAUUAAGCACGUGAAACCGUCGGAAGAAUCUCCAGUAUUGCUUAUUUUAGAUGGACAUACCAGUCACACCAGAAACCUCGAAUUGAUAGAUCUAGCAAGAAAAAAUCAUGUCCACUUACUAUCAAUUCCUCCACAUUCCAGCCACAAAAUACAACCUUUAGAUAAAUCAUUCAUGGGUCCAUUAAAAAAAUAUGUUUCUGAUGAAAUAAGAUCGUGGGUGAGGAACAAUUCACGUCCCCUUACCCAAUAUGAUAUGAUGGAAGUAUUUGGACGCGCGUAUCUACGCACUCAAAGCGGUGAGAUAGCUGUUAGUGGUUUUCGUGCAACAGGUCUAUAUCCGAUAGACAGAAAUGUUUUUAAAGAUCAUGAUUUCAUUGAUAUGAAUGACCAAGAAUGUAUAAUUUCCAAUCAAGAAAAUAUCACACCAGAACGAACUAACUCGUCUACUCCCGCAAUAGAAAAUGAAUCUUUUGACAUAACACCUUCUGUAAAUGAACCUGAUAUGAGUAAUGCGACAACUAAUGGUGAUACCUCGGCCCUAAGAAACCAGAACUUAGCUUCGCCUGGAAGUUUCGAAAACGUAGUUCCCGUUGCAACGUCACCAAAGCCAUCAACUUCAAGACAUCAUAACUUUAUAACGCCAUUCCAAUUAUCUCCGAUACCAGAAAUAGCACCUAGGAAAGCUACUAACCGAGGCAGGAGGGCUGCGAAGUCGACAUUGCUUACUUCAUCCCCGUACAAAAACUGCAAGACUCAUUCAAAAAGAAACAGGACAAAAUCGAAAAGACUAUGAAUAAAACCAAGAAAGGAAAAGGCAAGGGUAAAAAGACAAAGUCAAAAUCUAAGGAGGUACAAAUGUCUAGCUCGGAAGAAGAAAAUGAACCUGUGUACAACGACAGUUCUGACGAAAGUCCUGAUAGGCGCAAUGUUUCUGAUGCAAAGUGUCUGUAUUGUGAGGAUCUUUAUUCUAUGGAUAACAAAGGCGAACCAUGGGUUCAAUGCUCAUGUUGUAAAUUAUGGGCUCACGAAGAAUGCUCAGGAGUGGAAACCGAGUUUUUCUUCUGCGAAUUUUGUUCUGCAAAGUAAUGCAAAGUUUAUUUCUUUUAGUUUAUGAUUUCAUUUGUUAUGGCGGAGAAUACGGCUCACUUCAAUUGUGGCCAAUAUUGCCCUAGGCCAUAUUAACCUACCAUGUUUGAAUUUUAAUGAUUCCGUACUUAAAAAUAAAACGUUUAUUAUAGUUAUGUUUCGAUGUUAUUAAUCUUAAAAUUAUAAUUGUUGAUUACUAUUAAGUCCAAAGAACUAAUCUAACCAAUAAAGACUGUUAAAUCUCAUUAAUUUCAUAAUUUAUAUCCAAAAAUGCUUAUGAUGU